AUGGCAGCAAACAUGGCGGCUGUCGUGGGACAAAAUGGAAAGGCUGUUGAGAACUCCAAUGUGGAUCUCUUACUGCACCCAGAGCUGCUGUCGGAAGAUUUUAUGCAGCAAAUCUUAGCCGAGAGAAACGUCAGUACCGGCGACUGUGGAAGCAGGGACCAGCUCACAGAACUGUUCCUGCGACAUGUCAUCCCGCUGCCGCAGAGAAGCCUACCGAACACCCGCUGGGGACGGAGAAUGGAGCAGAGCCGGGGGAAGCCCAAGUCGGCUGAACACAGCCUGAGCAAUGAGCUCAGAAGGAAAAGGCCUCUGAUUGUGUUUGAUGGGAGUUCCUCUUGCUCUGGCCCGCUGAAAGUGAAGAAGUCAGAGGGAACAACUGCCUCAGCCGGAGUUUCUGACAGGUUAAAGCCCCCCCCGGCUGCCAAUCUGUCCAACCCCAUCCGCAGGCUGUCAGGAAGCUCAUCUUCUAGUUCCUCGUCCACGCAUCGCAAUACUGACACAGCAAACCUCAAACAAGACUCCAACUCAUCGGGGGGACUAAAGUCUCCGGAAGUUAAGAAAAAGAUCCAGCAUGUGACAUGGCCCUGA